AAACGAAUGGGUAACCACGACCGUGGGGUAACCGACGUCGGUGAGCUAUCGCUCGCUUUGUUUACUACUUGGUGAUAAUCCUUGGCGACCACCCAGAUCUUCGUAAAUAGCCCCCUUACUUGCAAAAGAAUUGCAAGUAUGCACUCUUUGUGACUCAGCAGCGUUCUUGAUCUGAAGAUUCGGCAAUUUCCAUUCCACAGAAGACCUGUCAUAUGCAUGACCCUGCUGUUCAUAAAUCUUAAUUUGGAUCGAGUAUCUUCAUAAUCAUUUAAUGUGGGCAUUCAAAGAGUGUAGUGCUCUUCAAGUAACUUCUUCAUAUGAUCAAAAUUUUGAAUUAUUCUGUAUAUGAUGUGAAUCUAAUAGGCUUGACAGAGAAUUCAAAACAGUGCAUAGGUUGUACGUUUAAGAAAUGUUCUAAUCUAUCAGUCUAUUUAUUAGAAUUAUCUUAUAAAUAGACUGUUCUAUAUAGUUUCACUUCUAAAUAAAAUCUGAAAACAUGCCAUCAAGCUAAUCAUUUGAUACGGAAAAUAUGUAAAGUGAAUGUAAUUUAUCAUAAAUUUUUUUAUUUAUGAUAAAUUACAUCUCAGAAGAUUGAAAUAUACAACAUUUUCAGCACAGAUGUAUUCAUCAUUUUCGAACAACAGAUGCAGUGAUAAAAAGAAUUGUUUCAUUUCAUCAGAUUUUUCUGUCUUGUUGAUUAUAAGAUAAAAACGUUUGUUUAAAUGAUUGCUGUAUUGUUAUUUUUCUGUUUUGUUAAGCAAAGUUAGAUCAUUUUCAAGAAAAUAAGUAUUGACGACAUUAACUUUUGCAAGAUAUUGAAAUUACAUUUGUUACAAUUAUGUUUUGUAUUUCAUUACAAAUUUGCGGGUUUAAAAAAUUAAAAAAGAAAAAUUUGAAGCUUAUAUUUAGCAACAGAAUUCUUUGACUUUGCCUUUAUCUCGCUUAAAAAUGAAUGGAGAUAUUUCAUUCAAGUUGAUUUAGAAAAUUUUUCUUUUGCAUUGAUUGAAAAUUUUUAUUUGUAUUGAUAGAACCAAAUAUGCUACAUUGAUUAAUUGACUACUGCAGAUUUGGACAAAGUUUAAACAUGAAUGGUAUGCAAACAGCACAUGAUCUCAAUAGGAUGUACAGAGAAUCAUCUUGGCAAAGUGAUAUGGUAAUAUCGAAUCAUUCAAAACAACAAAAUGCUGUACCAGGUGCAUUACAUGACAGCGAGAUGCAGCAUGUUCCUACAGCUAAAGAGCAUCAUGUAUGUGAUGUAUGUGGAAAAAUAUUUCUGAAAAGAAGUUACUUAUAUCAACACUCGCAUGUUCAUAAAACUGAAAGACCUCAUUCUUGUGAUGUAUGUGGAAAAACAUUUAAGACCAAAAGUUACUUAUAUCAACACUUGCGUACUCAUAAAAAUGAAAGACCUCAUUCUUGUGAUAUAUGCAACAAAUCCUUCACUGUGAAGAAAUCAUUGAUAAAUCAUUUACUUAUACAUACAAAAGAGAAAGCUCACGCGUGUGAAAUCUGUAUGAAAAGAUUUUCCAUGAAGAAGGGAUUAAAGAGACAUUUGGUUACCCACGGAAACACGAAAUCCCAUGUUUGUGUUAUAUGUAAGAGAACGUUUGCUGUUAGAAGCAAUCUAAAAAGACAUUUCCUUACUCAUACGAAAGAGAGACCUCAUGCCUGUGAUAUAUGUGGAAAAGGAUUCUGCCUACCUAGUGAAUUAAGGAGGCAUUUUGUGAUUCAUACAAAUGAGCAACCUUUUGUUUGUGUGACAUGCAACAAAGCAUUUAGUCGCAAAUCUAGUUUGGAUAGGCACGUGCGUACUCAUACAAAAGAGAAACCACAUGUCUGCGAGACUUGUGGAAAAGACUUUAUAGGAAAAUAUGAAUGGCGAGAACAUUGUCUUUCUCAUAUUGAUAAAAAGCCUUUUAAAUGCAACUUAUGUGAAAAAUCUUACGGAAGCAAAAGUCGAUUGAGAACUCAUAUGCGGAUUCAUUCGAAAACGAAUAAUUGCACAUCAGAUAUGCAAUAAAAUAUUAGGUGUCCCAAAAAUUUCUUUCUCAUUGCACUAUGAAUGGCCUUAUCUGGCUCUGCUUGUGCAGACAGGCUGACUUGCUAUUAGCCGUCUGUCAUGAGUUACACUGAUUUUCCAGCUCUAAAUUUUUAUUGUUACACAAUCAAAGGAUUCAUUUUAGAUAAUUCAUAAUUCCUGGCUAUUGCCUUUAGUAUUCUCAUUAAAACUUGCAUAUAAAUAGCAAAAACUAUAGCAAAUUUAUUUAUAUUUUAAAUGACCAUUUGUCAGAAAAUUAUUCCAUCGAAACUUGAUUCUUAUGUUGUAGAAAACAAUAGUUAAAAAAAAAAAUUCCAAUAAUGUAUUUUUGAUGUUCUAAAAAUGUAUUAUUGGAAAUUUCCUUUCUUGACAUUAUUAAUUGUAUUUUAA